AUGGAUUUAAACGGAAAUUGUAACAUUUUUAGCGACAACUACAAAAUCGGAGACUUGCAUUCCGCUACGGAAAUGACUGCCGACAAUGUGCUCUUCGCUACGGCAACUUACGAUGGCGAUGCGCUGCCUGCAGAGAACCUUGUACAGCAACCUGACAUUGACAGUCUUGAGCACUCAUUGGUGCCAUUUCGUACAAAAGACAAUUGGCAGGACCAUCAGCGGUGA